AUGGACAAUAACAACACUUCACAGGACAACUUUCCAACCAACAGCAUUUCAUUUCCAGAGAGCAUCCCUUUAGGCAUCCCUUUAGAUAUAUUUCUGGGCGAGUCAAUAGACAGACCUCAAGACAUCAGCCUCCCAAGCUCUGAUAUUUACACCAGCAUAUUUACCUCAGGCUCCCAUAAUCUCACCAACAGCACCUUCAGCUACCACGAUGACACUGAAGCUGUAUUCAUCACAGAUGUGGUGAUGUACAUCAUCAUUUGCAUCGGCCUUCCUUUGACCUUCGUCGCCAUCUACUCUCUCUACUCUCUGGUACAAAAUGAUCACGUUGCUCCCAUCUACGUCAUCAACCUUCUGAUCUCUGACAUCAUCCAGCUCUGCUGCAUGAUCUGUGAGGUGGCACAACCUAAGAACACGAUAAUAUACAUUGUCAACAAAUGUAUUUGCAGCUACAGUCUAAUGACCAGUGUUUGCUUCAUGGUGUGCAUCGCCCUGGAAAGGUAUUUGCUGAUCGUCUUCCCACUGUGGUACCGCUGCAGACGAACCAUCAAGUCCACUGUGAUGAUCUGUGUCGUGGCCUGGGCCCUUCCUGCUCUCUACCUUUUCACUAUAUUUUUUGGUGGUAAUUUCAAUGUACCACAAAUCAUCGCCGUUGUCUUUCUGUUCCUUCCCUUCCCACUGCUCAUAUUCUUCUGCUGUGCGACUCUCAAAGUCCUGUCUGCCUCCGUCUCGAUCCUGCCUGAGGAAAAACGACGAAUUGUAGGAACUUUGGUCCUGAUGCUGCUAAUUUACAUGCUGCUUUUCUUUCCCAACAUCAUUUUGAUAAUGGUAGUGAGAUACACAAAAGACCAAUCACAAACUAAUACUCUCUUCUACCUGUCUACUGUGUUUCUUAAUUUGAAUCCUCUUGCAGACUUGGUUCUGUAUAUUUUCAUGAAGAAAGGGGCCCUAGACAAGAUUUUGGCCUCCUUACGUUGUUGCAGAAAGGAAGUGAAAGAUAUUUCUAUUAUUUUAGACAUGUAUUUUACCUAA